AUGCCGAGGACUCAGCGUGCAGACAUCCGAGGACUGGAAAGCCUGACUGAUGAGUUUAUUCUCGAAAUCGGCCCCAACACAGAUCGUUCGCGCAAGCGCCUGGAGGUUUUCCGGUAUCUUCGCGGUCUCAUUCUGGAGACCUUUCGGGAGUGGAGAGUGCGACAGUGCGAGGCUUCGCGGAGCGCGUCCGCUUCCUUUUCGUCUGGCGGUCGACUCGAGGUCAACGACGAGCCGAGCCGGCCGGCAAGAGGAAGCGGGGCAGAGGAAGGCACUCGAGCAGAGGAAGGCACUCGAGCAGAGGCGGCAAAGACCGGGGGAGGCGAAGAGGAGGAGACAGCAGGCGCGCGCGUUCCGGGGCAGUCCCGGAGGGCCUCGGCCUCUGCGCCUGGCGACGCAUGCAGUUGUCCCUGUUGUGCCCGACAUGACAGGAAAGGAGGCGUUCCGGAAACGGCGUUUUGCCCAGUGUGCGGGCGCCGAAGACGCGACGGUGAAGUGGAGAAGGGCCGGGAGGAGAAGGGAGAAGAAAGAGACGCGUCGGAAGUCGGCACAGGUUCGGACGAGGGAGAACUGACGGAAGGAGAAGGCGAGAAAGGCAAAUCACCGGAGUGGUGCGUUUGUGAGGAGAGAGGGUCUGGAGGCAGCGCGUCGGCCUCUCAGAACAGUGGCGAGACGUCGGGCGGCGCGUCUCCCUGCGAGUGUCUGUGUUGUCGAGUUCGAAGAAGAGCGGAGGAGACAGACCGAGACUGUCGAGAACGCGAACAGAGACGCGGCACCUGCGAGGCUACUUCAGACCAUAUCGCGUCUCCAGAAAGCCCCAAGCUGCGAGAAAGAGAGAGGCGAGCGGAAUCCGCAACGGAGGCGCUCUGUGAGUCGGCCUGGCCCGAGCCCGGUCAGAGGGACUCCCCUCGACACUCCGACGGAGAUAGUCCGCGACGGCGAGAAGCCGCGCCUCUCGCAGAGUGCUCCCCUUCCGUCGCGUCUGUUGUCUCGUCUUCUGAAGCCUCUUUUUCCUCUUCUUCGUUGUCUCCUGAAGGUCGGCAGGCUUCGUCUGGGUCCUGCGCGGACGAGGACGAGAUCACCAUUGCGGUGUAUCGAUACGGCUCGUUUCCUUUGCGGACGUUUCUGCCCGACGGGGACCUGGACAUCGGCGUCAUUUCGUUCAAUCGGCGGACGGGGGUGCUGGAAGGCGAGGAGGAGAGCGACGCGUUGCUAGCGGUGUUGCUCGAGAAGUUCCAGCGUGCAGAGGUGAAGUCGCACAAGACGUUUCCUCUGCGCGAGGCUUCUCUCGUGGACGCCGAAGUACGCAUCCUGAAGUGUAUCGUGAGCGGCAUUGCCGUAGACGUAUCGGUGAACAAGGUCGGAGGGUGUUGUUCGCUGGUCUUCCUCGAGCUAGCUGACAGACGGAUCGGACGGAACCAUCUGUUCAAGCGUUCCGUGCUCCUCAUCAAGUCAUGGUUCGCGUACGAAUCGCAUCUGCUCGGGAGCCGUUCGGGGCUGCUCGCCACCUACUGUGUCGAAGCGCUCGUCCUCCACUUGUUCCACGUCUUCCCUGCGGCGCUCCUGCCGACGCCCCUGCAUCUCCUCUACCAGUUCUUCUCCUACUACUCCUCUUUCCACUGGGACCGCUACGCGGUCACUGCCUGCGGCGCCCUCCCGCUGACGUUCAUCACGCGAACUUCGUCCGUGCAGGAUCGCCGCGGCGGCUCCGCCCCGCUGCCCUCCCGGCGCAAUUGCGGAGGCACCCUUGCUUCUGGCCCAGACGCAGUGUCGCCUUCGGCGGCGCCCCUGCAGGCCCCCCAGUUGUUCCCUGCACCCUCCAUGUUCGACGGCCUGCUGGACUCGAAGGCCAACGCGCCGACGCCGCCUCUCUCGCCUGCGUCCGCCGCCUCAAACGCGCGUCCCAGGGCCGACGAACACCCGCCGGCGAAGCCGGGUCUCGCGCCGCACUGCCGCCGCGGCGAGCCCACAGCGGUCGCGACCCAGGCGCCGGAUGGUGGCCGCUUCAUGGGCGAGCACUGGGUGGGGGUCGAGUACGAGGGCCGCGAGGCCCCCUGGCUGCUGGCGAGGCGACAGAGGAAAGAUGAGAAUGGCUGGGCGCCGGGAGUGGACGACGACCCUCAGCUCGAACGCGCAGCAGUCCUCAUGCUGCUGAUGCAGCAGCAACGCGGCACCGUUCCGCAUCAUGCCGCCCUCACGCUCCCGAGGAGUCACGCGGGGGACAUCGGCCUUCCCCUCGCCCCGCCUGCGGGUCGGGCCGCCUCCGAAGUCUUGCAGGCCCAGGGACCCUCCACCAACAUGGCUCGGAUGAUGGAAAGCGUCGAAUUCGUCGAGGAAUGCAGAUACAGGUUCCGACACUCCUACGGCGCGUACGGGGCUGCGACGACGCAACGGGGGUCGGGCGCGCGUGGCGUUCCAGGCUUCUCCGUCGGGGCAAGUGGGUCCGGCGGCGCUGGGGCGAGCUCUGUCGGAGGGGGAAGCAGCGCGUCGACGCCUUCGCACGCUUCGGCUCUGUCGUCUUCCUUUUCGAAUCGAAGAGUUCCGCCUCCUGGGUCGGCCGGGGCGCCUGCGGGCAGCCACGCCUCGAGUGUGUCUGCGGGCGUGGGGGGAGCCUCAGGCUGGCGGAAGAGUCCUUUUCUGUUUCGAAGUAUGAACGUCGUAGACCCGCUGCACAACGGCAACAACCUCGCCCGCAGCGUGAGCGAGACCGCCUUCUACCGCCUUCUGCAUGCGAUGAAAAAGGGCCUGCAGGCCCUGACGCAAGUCCUCGCGUCCGGCGACGCGGCGCGGUUCCGUCGGCUGUUUCUGCCCAACUCGUACCAGCUGUUGGACCGGAUAAAGUCGCCCGAUGUCGCGUACCCUGUGCUGCGGCCUCUGAUCACCUUCCCACUGGUUUCGCCUUCCCGCGGAAGGCCCGCGCUGGGUGUAUCCCUGCCCCGGCUGCCGCUCGACUCGGCGCGCUCCGACCUUCAUCACCCUGGCCAAGCGCCGUUCGCGUCCUUGCCGUCGCUCCCCAAGCAUGCUGGCGCCUCUCCAGGGGGCCGCGGCGCGGACUCGGAAAAGCGGAAGCGAGACCAUGUGCAGCAGUUCGUCUGCGCCUCUGCCCCGGCGUCGACGCACCCACCCUCCGUCGGUGCGUCCGCAGGCUCCGACUGUCUGUGCCGCUGCUACGGCCACGGGGCCGACAUUAUGCCGGCCUCGUCCUCCGACGCAGACUCAGACUCCCGCGGCAACGUCAAGCAAGGCACCAGCAGAAGGCGGCGCUCCCUCCGUCGCUUCUCGCCCUCGCGUGGUGUCGCCCCCGCGAUGUCUGAGGGCCCCCCGAGUCGCAGGUCGCCUCACCUCGCCUCUGCUGCGGCGGCGCCCGCACUGGCGGCAGACGCGGCCCCGGAGAAGCCCAGUGGCGCGCGCGGCAAGAGCGAGGUGGAGGAGGUGGAGGAGGGGAGCGACAGCGGAGACAAGGUGCAAAACCGCAAGGAGGCGCCACCGCGGAAAGGAGGACAGCACGCGGACGCGUCAACUCCUCGCGACGGUGAAGCCACAGAGCACCGCUCUCUCCGCGGAAACCGAGACCAGGGAGCACAGACGGCGCGCAUGCAGGAGGGCAGAAGUAAUUCCGGAAAUUCGUCGAGUCGGAGGGGAAGUGAAGAGGCGGCGAGACGACCAAGCACAGCGUCGCCCGCGUUGAAAUAUUCCGAACCUGAAGUUGUUGACCAACGACGAAAUCGACGCAGUUCUUCUUUGGGCUCUGCGGGCGUGACCCAGCCGGAGAGUGCAUGCCAUGAGACGUGCAGCGGAGAGGCCGAGAAAGGCGGGGCGGUGACAGCGAGCAAGAGGGAUGACGCUUCGCCUCUUGUUUCAGCGCUGGCUCCGGAGCAAGAAGAGCAAGACGUCGAUUCGGAGACGUCGCAUGCAUGUUCGACAGCGUCGUCGAGGAAAGACAGGACGCGAGGCGAGGAAGGCGAUGACGGCGCGGCGUCGAGCUCCGAUGACGACUGGCAGAGCGACAGCGGGCUGUACGACGCUCUUCUCGAGGAGGAGAAGCUGUCGGAUCCCCUGACUCUCGGGGACCUUGAGGCCGCGAGUCUCCUUGAUCUCUGUCAGCUUCUGCGUCAGCCGAAUUCGCUGCCUUCACAUUUGGUCCAGUCCGCCUCGUCGCCCUCGGCCUUCUCUGUCUCCGACGCCGCUCAGGCGGGCAAGAAGGCGGACCUGGGCCUGGAAGCCGCCGGGACCUCUGAAGAGCGGGCUGUUCGGGGCGACGACGUUUUGGGCGACAUCUGUGGCCUGGGAGUCGACGUGUGGCGACGGCGCCUAGAAGAGAUCGCCGACUUCUUGAACGGAGUCACUUCGCCCGGCCACAGGCGACCGGACGACGACGGCGAAGACGCGAGGACAGCGCCGCAGCGGAGACUCACCCGCGAAGCGCCCUCGCAGGGCGACGACGGCGCGGUAGCCAGUGAAGUAGAGGCCUCCACGCCCGACGCCGAAGAAGCAGCGAAACGCGUACGUGACGCAUCAGCAUUGACAACUGAUGCGGCCGCGGGGCACCCGGAUGGGUCUUCGAGCUUGUGUAAAGUUGCCGAGUCAGGUGGAAGAACGAGCCCUGAGAGAGAAGGCAGUGCCGGCGCUCGAGAAGGCGACAGUUCGCCAGAGGGAAGCGGAGACAGCCUCGAGAGCCACGAACGGAAAGGACGACGGCGUCGCAGAGGAAGCACGAGCAGUGAACUUUCUCUGCAUCGAACGUAUGCCCAGUCUUCCCAAGAGUCUUCGCCUGUGUGUGCCGGGGCGCCAAAUCGACCACACCCCCGCCUUCAUCUUCUGCUGCCUCUCUCGUCGCCACGCGUCUAUCCUUUUGGCCCCCAUUCGGCUUCUUCGCCUCCGUCACUCGGCUCGGCUCGGACGCACUCGGCUCCCGGCGCCGACGCCGCCCACGUAGGUUCGCGACCCUCGCUCCCCCAGGCGGAGUUCUGCAGUCUCACGGGUGUGCCAGUGGGUCCCGGCGGAGCCUCUGGGGACCCUGCAGGCUCGGGGAGUGGCGGCGGCGCCUCCGCGACUCCGGCCGGGCUUCCUUCGCGGCAUGCGAGUGCACCAGGGACCUGUCCCGCCUCUGUUCUCGGGGGCCAAGGCGUCGUGGUUCUCAAUCCGGCAGGGCCUGCUGGGGGCUCGUCGUCGAAUCCGUUUGGCUGUUCGUCGUCGCGCAGCGGUGCGGGACCCGCGGCCGCGGGCUAUGCGUCGAGCGGCGGGCCGUACGGCGCCUCGCACUUCCUCGGUUCGCGGCGUGCUGCGCAGACUGGAACCUUCGUCUACAGCGGAGCUGGUCUGACCUUGUCGGGGACUGCUCUCGGAGACUCCGCCGCGCCUGCAGCCGGCAACCUAGGUCCCGGAAGCUCGGGGCACUUUCGCCAGGCGCCCUUCGCCCAGCGCGCGCCACACGGCGCCCACUCGCUCGCCUCGGGGCCUGCGGGGCGGCCGCGCCGGCGCAGCAUGAGCGGCGCGCUGCAGAGCGCAGUGGGCGAAGAGGCGGCUGCGGCGCGAGGCUCUCACACGGGCCGGAACUCGAUGAACGCUCCACGCUGGAGCCUUGCGCAAGCGACAGGAAUGAUGGGAGCCCCUGGCUCAGGUUUCGCUGGGGUGCCACCAGCGCUCGCGCCUGGAGGGCGGAGCGAGAAAGGUGAGCCAGGGAGGCGCGAGGGCGGUGCGACGCCGAGGAAGUUCCUAUCCUCGCAGAGCCUGGGCAACUCGAAGCAGAGCCUUGCUUUUUCAGAGAAGGCCAGUUUCGUGGCGGAGAAAGGCCCUUCGCUGGCGAGUGCCGCACAGGUUGCUGGGCUGCGGCGCCGAAGCGGAGGGUCUCAGGAGGCCGCCGGACUCGGCGACUCGGGCGCAGACCCCAGUCCCGGAUUUUCCGUGGGAAGGUUUUCCUCGCGCUCCGACGGCUCCAGUGACGCAGGCUCCGAAACCGUGCCAGGUCCGGGGCCCCUCGCGCCUUUUUUCGCGUCUGCGGCUGAGGGAGACAGCAGGGCGAACGCGUGGCCUGCGAUGUCGCGCAGCGCCUCGGGCGAAGUCGGCGCAGCGUCGCGGUCCAGAGCCUCCUCAGUCCUCAGCAGCGAGAGAAGCACUGGCGCGGCUCCGGGGCCGCUCGGCAGGUCUUGGGCUUCCGUCGCGCAUGCAGCGGCGAGUCUGCCGAAUGCGGAUCUCCCUGGACAGUCCGCAGGGACGCUAGGACACCCUGCAGGCGGUCCGGGAUCGACUCCAGCCGGUGACGCCAAGUUCAAGAGGAGCAGCAGUCUUGCGGGGGCCGUGGGAGGCCCUGACCCUCCGAGGGAGAAAGCGAGUGGGACGGCGGCCUCCCGGGGCUCCGACACCCAGCCGCUCCCCGAUGCCUUCGCUCUCAGAGGCGGCAAGAUUCUUCCCAAUGCAGGCGAGGCGCCCUGCGCUGGCUCCGCGGGCUCGCCCCUCAGUGGGGAGGCCGGAGGAAGACCUCGAGAGACCGAAGACGGGAGAAGCUGGGACAGGGUGGAAGCAGACAAGAGCAGCGACAAGCGCGCGUCAGUGCAGGGCCUCGUCACGGGUCUUCGACAAGCUCCUGGGGCAGAUGUAGGUUUUCAGUCUGCGUCGUCCGGGGCGCAUAACUGGACAGACGCGGGCUGGGCCUCUCGGAACGAGGGGGCCUCCGGCGCACGCCCCAAGGAUGGCACGCCGAGCGCGGAGGUGUCUCCGAGGAGUGGCAGAACCCAGCAAGCUCGGGAGACAACUUGGAGCAGCUUCUGCAGGUCUGGGGACUCGCCCGCGCGUCAGGGCGACGCAGGAACCUCUGGGGGUCGGGGCGGCGACCACGACGCGGCCCCGGGCCCUCCGCGGUCGCAGUCGGUGCCUUCGCAUGCGCCCGGCGCCCCCAAUGCAGACGACGGAGAUCCCGGAGCAGAGGCUUCCGCAGCGCGCGCGCCCAAGGCGAUCGGAAUGUCGGGGGCGGGAGAACGACAGAGCGGGGUAGCGGGCGGUCCUCAGAAGGCUGCACCGUCGAAGCGCGCAGUGCGCGCACACAGUGACGGCGGGGGCGGUGCGUGGCACUGCGCGCAGGGUGAUGGCGCACCCAGCCAGGGUGUCUCGGGGCGGUUCGAGUCUCCAGUCCUCGAUUUCAGCCCGGACGACACUGUCUCCUGGCCGUCUCUCCCGUGUCGCAGCAGCGGGCCUCUGCCUUCGGAGACCGGCUCGAGCGCGUUGUCUCUGCCGCUCGGCAAGGGCUGGCGCAGCAGCCAUGGAGACGCAGAGCCGCCGGAGACUCCCGCGGGCCAGGCAGGCAGCGAAAGAGACGGUGAACGACCACAGAAACCGGCGGCCUGGGUCGUUCCUGUGCAGCUGCCUUCGCCUCUCCACACGACUCAGAUUUCAUCCUGCGCAUGGGGCUUUGAGCCGGCAGGAGUGCCUGCGUCUCCAUCCCAGCUGGGGCGAAGUGAGGAGGGACAGAAGGACCCGGCGUCUGGCCAGGAAGUGGGGACUCCGCACGAGGGGCCUCGGCAGAGGCCCUGCGAGGGUGCAGAGUCGGUCGAGGAAACGAGGGGGGGCACAGACGCAAAGGGCGAGCCGGAGGAAGCGUAUCGCAUGAGGACUGCCUACGCGCUGGCGCGCGGCCCCCCUGCCGAAGGAGGCGCUCGGCGCCAGAGCAGAGACGAAGAGGAAGUGCGUCGACGGGAAGACCCAGAGGAAGGAGCGCUCCGAAAAGAGGCCGAGCUCGGGAGCCCAGGCUCUGGAGAGGCGACUUCGAAUACGAGUUCCUGGACUCAAGAUAGCGGCCUUCUCAGGGAGGGGGUGAACAAGCUGUCGACAGGCCUUCCUUCGCCAGGGAUCGACGACUCAGUCGCUCCAGUGAUUCUGCCGUCCCGAUUCUCCGCGGGCCUCGCCGCCCCUGCGCCCGUCACCAUCGGCGCGGCCACUGCCCUCCACGCAGCGCCUUCGUUCGCCGCAGUCGCGGCCGGUGCGUCGACGACGGGUUGGUCCAGGAAGCAGUGGAGCCCAACUAGCGCGGUCGCUGCUCGGAGCAGCACGACUGUAACGCCUGUCUCUGAGGUGGAAAAAAGUGCGGCCAAGGCCAAGCACCCUGUCUCUGGAAGCAGUGGGAGAAAGUCGGCGGGCGACCGCGAGGCGCGUUGCGAGACAGGGAAGAACCCCUCAGGAGGUCGGGAGGAAGGAGACAGAUGCGGAUUCGCCGGCCGCGGAGAAAAGACGAACGCGCCUCACGGACUCGAGGUCGGAGGCACCGAAACGUCGCCUGCGACCUCAUGUGCAGGCCCAGCCGCGGGCGCGAGUGAGACAGCAGGUCUCAGGUGCGCGUCGCGGUCGUCGCUCGAAAGCUCCUGGCUUGCCUCCGAUGUCUCAUUCCCCUUCCCCACAUCUCCAUUUUCUGCAGCUGCAUCGCGAAACUCAGCAGGCUCUGCCGAACAAGCCCCGCCCCGAAACUGGGCAUCCAUCGUUAUCAGGACUCCCCCGAAAACGACCGCGGCCGCAGGGGCCCUCGGUGCGCUGGGCAAAGACGCUUCUCCCUCCUCCGGGUCAGCUUCGGCUGUCCCCAUCACCCAAAUGAGCAAAGGAGAGAGGGAAGCUGCAGGUCACUCCAAGCGGAGGCACUGCGACGACACGACCUUGGGCUCCAAGCCGCGGUCGGAGGUCGUUUCUCUCUGUGACCCCGGGAGUCAAGCGGCCGUCGCCUCUUCAGCGCCGAAGAGACCCGCUGAGGCGUGUGUCUCCUCUCCGUCUCACCAGGCCGCGGCCCCGUCGGAGCCUUCACACAUGACAGAAAAAAAAAGCGGGAAGGAAGGCCAGAGAGAAAGAGACGAGGACGCCGAGACGGGCGAGAAGCAGCAGGCCAAUCCGACACUGUUUGGGACAUUCAAGGAGGUGCACGAGCAGCCUUCCAAGCCUCUAUUGCUUCUUUUUCCGGAGACACUGCGAAAGUCGCUUUCAGGCUCCGGGGACUCGGCGCGCGACGAGGAGACGGCGCCCCAAGCGUCUCACGAUGAGGCGACGGCGCCCCCAACGUCUCACAAUGAGGUGACGGUGCCCCCAGCGUCUGACGAUGAGGAGACACCGCACCGAGCGUCUCACAAUGAAGAGCCCGCGCCUCUUGCGUCUUCGCCGCAACGGCCCUCGCGUCGCCCGUCUGUGAGUGAAGCCUUAGAGUCGCGGAAGGACCAGACAAAGGACGUACGCGACACCCCGAGUUCUGCGCUUCACCGAGGGUCCCGCGGUGACAUGGAGCCGAAAGGCGAGGACCGUCUCCCGAGAGGUAACUGCUUCCAGUCUUCGUCUUCGCUGACGUUUCGCGCCUCGGCUCGCAGAGACGAAGAAAAAGAACGAGGGAGCUGGCGCGGGAAGAACCCCCACGAAGAACGCGGCGUCCAGGAGAGGCCUCCGGGUGUCGCCUCGCCGACGGAGCGCGAGGCGCGGAGAUUCGGCGACGGCGAAAGCGAGGGAGCAGGCACCACGUCCGGGGACGCCGCUGGCGUCGGAGAGCCCGGAGGCGUUUUGCAGUGUGCAACUCCGAAAACAGACCGCGGCGUCGACUGGGGGCGAGGGGACGACUACGAGGCGCCCCAGGCCUUCUCGCGGAAGGCUUUCUUCUCCUCAAAGGCCCGGGACGUCGAGGAGGACGUGAACUGGCGCAGUACGCCCGCGACGCCUGCCAGUCCAUGGGGAGCCGCGGCGGGUGGCGCCGGCGACAAACGCCUGCAUGGAUUCGACCCGAGCCCUACGGCGGCUCCAGGCGCCUUGGGCUUUGAAGAGACAGGGACGCCGAAGCGCGGCGAGGACAGCCGCCGGAGCGACUCGCGCCGCAACCCCACCUGCGUGAGUCUCCUCUCGCAUGGCAACAGCAGGCGGUCGAGUGCCGCUGCAGGGGGCCUGCGCGGCCGAGGCGCAGAAGGCCACGCAGACGAAAGUGGAAAGAAGGAGACUGGACAAACCGACGCCGCGUCGCCUGGGGCUCAACAGGGCCGCCUCGUGCGCGGGGCCUGGACGCGAGAGGCGCUGCUGCAGCGGCCCGAAGUGCUCUCGGCGAUGACUCCCGAAGAAAGGCAGCUGGAACUCGAACAAAGCAGACAGCAGUUCGCGGAGCUUCAAGAGAGCCUCAUGUGGAAAACUGCCACAAGCAAGCGGGACAAGAAGAAGGCCUCCGCGACAAACAGGCGCGUCGAAAGACAACUCGCUUCCCUCGAGUGUCUCAUCGGGAUUCUUUCUUCAAUGGACUCUCCCGCGGCCGACGUUUCGGGGAAGGCCAGCGAUGUUCCGGCGGCGAAGCCGACGCGCCCUUCAUCUCACUGA